AUGAUUAUUCAUGCUGUAUUGGAUUUAGUGUCACCGUGGAGUUACAUUACAGGUUUAUACAAAAUUCAAUUCUUGGAUUUCGCAGUAUUUUUUGUGGGGGUAGUUUUCACCUUCUUCACCACCAUUGAAAAUGAUGCAGGUGCAAAAGAGGACGAAAAUGAGAAAGCACCAAGAUUACGUGCUGUUAUAUUGGACUUUGCGGGUGUCAAUUUGAAUAAAUAUGCAGCACAUCAUGUUGAAUUUCAUUUCGCCAACAUUGCAAAUGAGGAUAUUCAGAAUGCUCUCUUGCUCAUUGGAUUUGGAUCAUUAGAACCAUCAGCGUCAAAACUUGAGCCUCAUGGUGUGGAUGCUACCGCAAUGUCUGAAAAAUCAAAUACAACCGCUGCUAAAAAUGAAGAAUCUAAUGAAAAAACACAACAUGCAACUACAACUGUAAAGAAAUUCUUUCAUUUAUCAUUAGAAGUGACUGUUAGUGCUGCUACAAAUUCUGAAUGUAAUUAA